CAUGCCUGGUUGGUUAAUUGAAGACUUAUGUCUCAAAAGUGUUCUCUGUCAAUUGACUGACUGACUUGUCGCACUAGAGCGGCUCCAACUACCGGAGACAAAUUCCUUAAAUAAAGAUGAUUCUGAUUCUGAUUGUGCGCCAUUCUUCACCUUGAAAUGUAAUUAUUACAAUAAAUAUUUACAUGAAAAAAACUUUAUAGCUACAAAUAGAAAACAAUCAAAUAAGCAAUAAUUUCAGGGGAAACUGUGUGUGCCUGCUCGUGCUGUACGGCCACUUCAUUCUGACGCCACUACGCAAAUUUGUUCAUUGUUCGCCAUUCCUAGUCUUGAAAUGUUGUAUGUCGGAAACGUCUUAAACCUAAGACAUGCGCUCCCCACGCCACACGCACACUUAUUUGACAAGUUUUUGUUGUUGUGGCUAAUGCUACGAUCAUUUGACGCACUAAUAUAUGAUGAUGUUCUUAUAUCCAAGAUGUCUAAAUGGGUAUGACCCAAAAUGGAUGCUCAGCUGGCUACAGUCCUGUCAAGAGGCAGCCUGGAGGUCCAAAAUGGCAGCCAGUAUGCAGUAGCGUCCGAGCUGCUGAGCCACGAGCCAAAGGGGGACCCGCAGGGGACGAGUUCGGACGCUACCGGGGCAGGUAGCCUCCGGUCAUGCUCCUCCAACCGGGAUGCUCUGUCAAUCAACAGGAGAAAGCCAGAGGUGGGCGGGACUUGCGAGCUCACCCCCCAGGAAAUGAGCGAGAUUCAUGGGUCGAGGCAGCCAAUCAGAAUCCAAAUUAUGGUUCCCCCUCUGUGCCAGACGCCCAACGCGGACUCCGCUGCCAGUUCCACCAAAGACUUACAUUUCGGUAGUGCUCGAAAAACAAACCAAAUAUCUAUAGUCAAGACCAAGGACCAGGGAGUGGAGCUCACGGCAGGGAUGCACGCAAGGGGAGAUGUUUUGGAUGCUGAGACCAUCCACUCGGAUCUCUCAGGAAUCCAAAAAGAAACCCAUAAAGCCAAUGACGUUCUAUUGCUGGGUCAGGAAGUAAAGGAAGAAUGUUUAGAGAGGCAAGUGGAGGACUCUGUGAAGGUUGUGGCCUGGGCGGAGGAGCAGAGCGAGCCUCUGGACUUGAGUCUCCCCAAGAAAAAAGAGAACCGGGACCCCAGGCACGGACGCUUUAUGGACGCAUGCGAUAGCUUGCUAAUUAUGGAGGUGGACGAAUAUGAGGGUGAGGGAGACCGGGACGUGGUGGAGGAGGAUGAAGAAGAACCCGCCUUUUACCCUGCUUCUGUUUUCGCCCAGGACCUUCUUCUCAUAGACGACCAAGGCAUUCCGUACACGCUUAGCCCAGAUGGACUCAGGGUGCCGCAAGUGGACACCACCACCUCCGAGGGCCGGGUCGAGAACGAGGUGUCCUCGCAGUUUCCUGCCUCAGCAGGUUCAGACCACAGUCUAAGUAUGGCUGAUGCACUAAAUGCACCUUCUGGUGACAUGAUACCUUCACAGGUCUCUGAGUUGCCGUCUCUGACUCCACAAGUCCUCAGCAGUUUGGAUGCAAACUCCUCCGAGGCCUCUGGACUAUCCAGCCCCAACCAGCCCAUCCAGAUCAUUACAACACCUUCCUCCAGUGCUCCCAUCCUGCUCCCCUCUGGUCCACUUUGUCUUUCUCUUCCACUGUCUGUCACCCGCAGCACUGUUGGUGCUUCGGCUCCGAUGUUCCUCCUCCUUUCCUCUGGUGACUCUACCUCCACCCCUAUCGCCAUCCUGGACCCCUCAACCGGUCAGCUGUCCCAGAUCUCCCUUCCUCUGGUUUCUGGUACUGCGUUAUCUCAACCUGUCAUGGGAUUGGGUCUCAACAGCCCCACUUUGGUCGUGUCAGGAGGGUCCGGUAAUGUCCUCACUUCUAAUCUAGCUACUGUUUCCUCUUUACUCAUUCCUACUCACGUCGACUCUUCUGUCGGAACUGAAGCCAUACCUGCCGAGCAGGUCUCGAACGAGUGCGAUAAGCCAUUAUCUUUAAGAGCAGCCGCUGCUACUUUGACCCCCGACCCCUCAGACACACAACUCCUGGACCCCGAUCCCCUGGACGACCACAUGUACUUCUCCAGUGCCGCCGCUCCUUCCUCGCCACCUAAGCUGGACCCCCUGGACCCGCUAGACCCGCUGGACCCCCUGUCUCCUACGGAUUCGUCCAAUGACCCUUCUGCCCGGCGGGUACUCUACUGCCAGCUGUGCCCUCGCAUCUUCUUUUACCUCUCCGACCUGGAGCGCCACGCCAUCACGCACUCGCAGAAGAAGCCUCACGUUUGUCAGCAGUGCGGCAAAGCCUUCAAGCGCUCCAGCCAUCUGCAGAGGCACAAGCACAUCCACACGGGCCAGAGGAACUUCGUGUGUCCCAUCUGCGCCAAACGCUUCAGGGAGGCCGGCGAGCUCCAGCGCCACCAACGGGUUCACACGGGGGAGAAACCCUACCAGUGCCAACUUUGCCACACGCGCUUUGCCGAGCGCAACACGCUGCGACGCCAUACCAAACGCAAGCACCCCUUCCACCAAGUGGCCAUGGAAAUGCUCAACGAGCGAGGCGGAGGUGGCGUCGGCGUUCAUCACGAAGAAGAGGAGGAGCCCGCUGAAUGGUACAGCUCCUCCGUGUCUCAUCUGGAAAACUCUGAUUCUGAAAUGGAGGCUUGAAAAGUCCCAAACAUACAAAGACGGGAGCACUUGCAAUAUUUAUUUUGAAAAAUAAUGUAUUUAUAUAACUCUAUGUUAUCCCCAUUGCAGUUAAUGGCCAACAAAGACUUUUGUAUGCCCUUUUGGCUGAUUUUGACAGCUCAAUAUUGAAAUAAUGAUUUUGAUGUAAAUUCAAAAUGACAUUUCUAUGAAAUUGCAUUCCCCCACAAUCAAUGACGAGACCUUUAAGUGCUUAAAGAUAACUUCAACAAUUCUCAGCGUCUUGUAUUAAACAAGGAGAGCUGCACUACCUAGUAGUGAAAUCUAUAUUUCUUAACAGAAACACUGUGAGUCAUUAUCUCUCUCUUUUUUUUGUUUUUUUUUAGCACAAUAUUAACUUUUUUCAUGUAUUGCAUUUAAAACAAAAAAGAAAGCUUUUCAUGUCUAUGUCUAUGAUUUGAUGUAUUUAAUCCAUAUCUUUCCGGACCAAACAAGUUAUUGCAACACAUACUAUACAUAUUCACCUUUUGCUUAUUUGUGGAGUAUAUUCAAUUGUUUAAAUUACAUUUUGACAGCUUCCAACAUUAGUCUUUGCCUAUUUUCUGCAUGUUUACACACUAUUA